AUGAGCAGCAGGCUGGUGACCAGGAGUUCCAGGCCCAAUAUCGUUCUGCUCAUGGCGGAUGACCUCGGGGUGGGGGAUCUAUGCUGCUACGGUAAUAACACAGUGAGCACCCCUAAUAUUGACCGCCUGGCCAGCGAGGGCGUGAGGCUCACCCAGCACCUGGCGGCCGCCUCCAUGUGCACCCCAAGCCGGGCUGCCUUCCUCACUGGGCGCUACCCCAUCCGGGCAGGCAUGGCGUCCUCCUCCGAUGUGAACCGCGACUUCCCUUGGCUGGCUGGAUCCGGCGGCCUCCCUGCCAAUGAGACGACGUUUGCGGAGCUGCUACAGCACCGGGGAUACCGCACUGGACUCAUAGGAAAAUGGCACUUAGGUUUGAGCUGUGCAUCCAGAAACGACCACUGCUACCACCCCCUGAACCACGGCUUCGACUACUUCUACGGGAUGCCCUUCGGGCUCCUGGGUGACUGCCAGGCUUCCAAGGCCCCAGAGCUGCACCGGUGGCUCAGGAUGAAGCUCUGGCUCUCCACGGUGGCCCUCGGCCUGCUGCCGCUCCUGCUGCUGGUACCCAGACUGGCCGGCUGGUUCCCGGUGCCCUGGGGGCUCAUUGUCCUCUUUGCCGUCCUCGCCGUGCUGUUUUUCCUCUGCUGGUUCUGGAGCUAUGGGUUUGUGCGGCGCUGGAACUGCAUCCUCAUGCGUAACCACGAGAUUGUGCAGCAGCCCAUGAGAGAGGACAAGGUCUCCUCUCUCUUGGUGAAGGAGGCGCUGGGCUUCAUAGAACGAUAUAAGCGGGGUCCUUUUCUCCUCUUCUUUGCCUUUCUGCACGUGCGCAGCCCGCUUAUCACCAGGAAGAAGUUCGUGGGGCACAGUAAAUAUGGAUUAUACGGGGACAAUGUAGAAGAAAUGGAUUGGAUGGUGGGUAAAAUCCUGCAGGCACUGGAUCAGGAGCGUCUGGCCAACCACACCCUGGUUUACUUCACCUCAGACAAUGGUGGCCGCCUGGAGGUUCAGGAUGGCGCAGCCCGGCUGGGCGGCUGGAACAGUGUCUACAAAGGUGGCAGAGGCAUGGGUGGCUGGGAAGGGGGCAUCCGUGUGCCCGGGAUCUUCCGCUGGCCGGCCGUGCUGGAGGCGGGCAAGGUCAUCCAUGGGGCCACCAGCCUGAUGGACAUCUUCCCCACGCUGGCCUACAUAGGCGGGGCCAUGCUGCCCCAGGACAGGGUGAUCGACGGCCGGAACUUGAUGCCCCUCCUGGAGGGCAGGGCGGCCCACUCCGACCACGAGUUCCUCUUCCACUACUGCGGUGUCCACUUGCACGCUGUCCGCUGGCACCAGAGGGACUGCGCCACGGCCUGGAAGGCCCAUUUUGUGACCCCCAGGCUCUCCCCGGAGGGUGCCGGGGCGUGCUACCUGAGCGGGCUGUGCGCCUGCUCCGGGGCCGUCACCCACCACGACCCGCCGCUGCUGUUCGACAUCUCCAGAGACCCCGCGGAAGCCCAGGAACUGAACCCCGACAACCACCCCGCCUUCGACUCCGUGAUGAAGAAGAUCGGAGCGGCAGUGAGGCAGCACCGCAAGACGCUGACUCCGGUGCCACAGCAGUUGUCAGCUUUCAACGCGCUCUGGAAGCCCUGGCUGCAGCCUUGCUGUGGGACCUUCCCCUUCUGUGGGUGUGACCGAGAGGAUGACAUCCUGCUGGCGGCCCCGUGA